CCAGCUGGUUCAGGUGAUCACCACAGACAACGACAUCGGUGAUGACGGCAUCGUAGAUUACACCAUGGCAACGCACGCAACGUUCUCUCUGUCGGCAGACGGCUGGAUUUCGCUCAAGUCGAGUCUGAACUUCGAGGCCGCUUCAGUCUUCACUUUGUCGGUGGUUGCGUCUGAUCGAGGGACAACCCCCCAGCGCAGUGCCACGGCAACCGUCAGCAUCACGGUUACAGACGUCAACGACAACGCUCCGGUCUGUAACCCGGACGUUGUAUCUCUGACGAAGAGAGAGGAUGCGACGGGAAGCGUGGUGACACUUGUGUGUACAGAUGCGGACAGUGGUGCGAACCAGGCUCUAACAUAUUCCAUUCUCAGUGUCAAUGGUCUCGCAGGAGCUGGACCGUUUGCCGUCAGUACCGCUGGAGUCAUUUCCAUCGGCACGAAUCUCGACUACGAAACCGCGGUCACCCACGCAAUCGUUGUGUCUGUUGUCGACGGCGGAACGGUGAAACUCUCGACUUCCGUCAUCAUCAAUAUUGCUGUCACAGACGUGAACGAGUUUUCGCCGGUCCUCACGGCUGCCCCGUUUGUGUACAGUUUCCCGGAGAGCGACCCUGUUGGUACGACCUUGCUGACAAUUGCUGCUAUGGACGGUGAUGCUUCCGACACCACGCUGUCGUUCUCUCUGUCGGACACGUCGGUGUUCACGAUAGAUUCGGCGACCGGUGUUAUCACACUCAAAGUACAGCAGGAUCGUGAGACUCGGUCGACCUACUCGCUCAAUGUGUGUGCGGCGGACUCCAAUACGGUGGAUGCUGUGAAGACACAGUGUGAGAGUCUCACCAUCACGGUUACCGACGUCAAUGACAACACCCCUGUGUUCAGCCCGGCAGUGUAUUCAAAGACUGUCGACGAAAACUCCGCUAUUGGAAUUUCACUGCUAAAGGUCACAGCAACGGACCAGGACUUGGGAGCCCAGGGAACCGUCUCCUACUCCAUACUCAGUGGAAAUACGGGCAACGUGUUCCGAGUGGAUCCUGUGUCCGGUGACCUCAUCAUAAACGACAACGCGGCACUCGACUACGAGGUCAACCCUUCAUUUGACCUGGUCAUCCAGGCCACCGAUGGAGGAGGGCUGGUGGGUAGCGCGACUGUGCGGAUCACCACUGGACCCAUCAACGAGGCCACCCCCCAGUUUUCUCCCAGCACCAGUACGCAGACCUUAGCUGAGAAUUCUGCCCUUGGGUCGACCGUCAUUGACUUGGGUGCAACGGAUGCCGACACCGGUGCGGAUGGGGUCGUUACCUAUUCCAUCGUGUCAGGAGGUAACGGGAAAUUUGCCAUCGACCCGACCACGGGGAUAGUUACAGUGAGUGGACCGUUGGACAGGGAGAGCGAUCAGUCCUUCACUCUGACGAUCAUUGGCGUGGACGGAGGCACGAACCCGGGGGCCAAGACCGGAGUUUAUACGCUGAUCGUCGAUAUAACAGAUGUCAACGACAUCACACCGUCAUGCACGUUGACGUAUUACAGCUCAUUCAUCUCGGAGACGGCUGGUCCGGCGACGAUCGUAGGUCAGGUGACGUGUUCCGAUGGCGAUUUAGACCCGGCUAAUCUGAAUAAUGCGCUGGUCUUCACAGAGAUGGGGGGUGAUGCUGGGGGAUUGUUUGAUGUCAACGUGAACACAGGGGAGAUAACCGUGUCCACGGGUGCUUCGUUCGACAGGGAGACAACUGCCUCAUACCUGCUGGACAUAUCUGUCAGCGAUAAAGGAACGACACCGUUGUCUGUUAGUGUCCAAAUGUUUGUUGGAUUAAAUGAUGUGAAUGACCAAACUCCGGUGUUUGGAAGCAACCCAUAUUCUCCAAGUGUGUCUGAAGCAGAUGCUAUUGGAACAACAGUCGUCACCAUCGCUGCCACUGAUACGGACAUCGGAGUUAAUGCGGAGGUUUCCUACAGUGUGCCUUCUGGAAAUGGCCUGGGUCACUUCCAGUUAGAUUCAGCGACUGGGGUUAUCACCGUCAAGGCGGCUCUGGACUUUGAAUCUAAUCCGCUCUACACCCUGGUGGUCGAAGCUACGGACAAAGGUAGCCCCGCACUGACCGGCACAUCCACGGUCAGCAUCACAGUGACCAACACGAACGACAACACACCGGUCUGUCCGAGUGCUGUGUACACAGCGACUGUCGCGGAGGAUGCGGCUACCACAACGUCACUGCUGACGGUAGCAUGCACUGAUGCAGAUGGGGACACGGUCCAGUACACUAUUACCAGUGGACUGACCUCGACAGAGUUCGCUAUUGGCGCGUCUACUGGAGAGAUCACGGUAAAUGGAGCUCUGGAUGCUGAAACAAAGGCGACUUAUUCUCUAACUGUGCAGGCGUCUGAUGGUGUCAACUCAGCUCUCGUUACCAUGGAGAUCAGCAUCAGCGACGUAAACGAGAACGAUCCGGUUUUCACACCAGCAGGUCCUUACACCAUCUCCGUUCCCGAGAACUCAGCGAUUGGCUUUACGGGAUUCUCGACCGGGAAACACUCAGUGCGUACACGCUCACUGUUGACGUCGCCGACGGAACCGGGGCAGGGAUCCCGUACCGCACAGACCACGUUGACAGUCACCGUAACAGACGUCAACGACAAUGAUCCCGUCUGCAGUCCGUCCAAUUACUACCAGACGGUGGCGGAAAAUGCAGCUGUCGGGACCACCGUCGAUACCGUGCUGUGUACCGAUGUAGAUUCGUCCACACCAGUGUUGGCGUACAGCAUCACGGGAGGCAACGGCGAUGGAAGGUUCGGCAUCGAUGCCGCGUCUGGUGUGGUUACCAUUGUAGCGGUGCUGGACUACGAAACGACCACCCAGUACACCCUGGCAGUUCAGGCCAGCGAUCAGGGCACGACACCGAGAACCGUCACAGCCAUGAUCAGUGUUAUAGUGGACCCCGUCAACGAAGCCACUCCGGUAUUUACGCCAGCCACGUACACGAAAACCUUGCUGGAAAAUGCUGCUGUGAAUGAUUUAGUCAUCACUGUGGCUGCAACGGAUCCUGACAAAGGGAAUCAACAUGGGACAAUAAGAUACACCAUAGUAACCGGUGAUGGUCUUGCACAGUUUAAAAUUGAUGCCAGUUCAGGGGUUAUUUCUGUGGCGAAACCUCUAGACAGAGAAGCAAUUGGUUCUUACACACUGUCAGUCAGUGGCACCGAUUCUGUCCCUGGUGCGGCCGAGGCUAAAUCAAGUUUUACAACCGUCACCGUAACCAUUAAUGACGUUAACGACAACACUCCAAUGCUGACGCCAUCAUCAUAUGCGUCCAGUGUUCUCGAGUCGGCAGUUAGUGGAACCACGGUACUCCGAGUAACCUCGACCGAUGAUGAUACAGGUGUAAACGGUUCUCCGCUGUAUUCUAUACUGUCUGGCAACACCAACAGCGAAUUUGAAUUUGUCGGUAAUGAGCUUCUGAUUGCUGCCGGUAAAAGCCUUGAUUACGAAUCUAUAACAUCUUACUACCUGACCAUCGAAGUCAAAGACCAAGGCACCACAGCACUCUCCAGUACGGGAAUAAUAAAUAUAAAUAUUCUGUCUGUUAACGAGUUUCCACCGGUUCUUGUCGACGCCACGAAAAUGAUAAGCAUCAGUGAGAUGACACCAGCUGGCGCUAAUCUGUACAAUGCGAGUGCCUCGGACAGUGAUAGUGGAACCGAUGGAACGUUCACCUAUUCCAUCACUAAUGGCAACACGGGGAAUCUGUUUUAUAUCAACAGUCUAUCCGGAGAGGUGUACCUCUUUGGUAUCCUCGACUACGACACACCUCCACAGUCAUAUUCUCUGACUAUCCAGGCACAAGACUCUGGUGGACUAAGCAACACGAUGGUUUUGACCGUCCAGCUACUGGAUGAGAAUGACCACACCCCGGUUUUCACCGCCAACACGUACAAUGCCCAGCUUGAUGAAAACGUCGCAGGUGGAACGUCCGUUACUCGGGUCACUGCAAAUGAUAACGACUCUGGUGUCAAUGGACAGGUGACGUAUGCGAUAAAAUCCGGUGAUGGGCUUGCAAUGUUUGACAUUGAUCCGACGACUGGUGAGAUCAAAACUAAAGCGGCAGCCAGCAUUGACCGGGAGGUGAAGGAUCAGUAUUUUCUCGUCGUCGAGGCAGCUGAUGGUGGAACGACAUCGCUGUCGUCAUCGUGUCUCGUGAAAAUCUCGAUCAACGACCUCAACGACAACAAGCCGAUUUUCACGCCCGAGAAUUUCACUGUCUCCAUUCUCGAAACCUCCAUUGUGGGAACCUCUGUAACCACGGUGAUAGCGGUCGAUGCAGACUCGUCGGCUAAUGGUAACAACAUCAUUGUCUACACCUUGACUGAUACCUACUUUACAGUUGAUUCAGCCAGCGGACAGGUGGACACAAAGGCAGUUGUGGAUAGAGAAACAAUUCCAAGUCACUACCUGACCAUACAAGCCACCGAUCAAGGGGCGGGGCCAUUGACUGGGACAUCCUACAUUGCUGUGACGAUCCUUGAUGUCAACGACAACGACCCAGUCAUUCAAGGCACGUACACAACCACUGUAUCUGAAGACACCUCGACAGGGACGAUCGUUUUCACAAUCACCGCAACCGACGCCGACGAUGGCGUCAACAGUCAACUCACGUUCAGCAUCACCAACGGCAACACUGACAGUGACUUCAGGAUCGAGUCUCAGACGGGGAUCAUCGACAUUGUCAACAGUCUUAACAGGGAGAGAACUACAUCGUACAAUUUGCAAAUCAUGGUCACUGAUAAUGGCACCCCAUCCAGAUCUGCCCUCAUCACGGCUGUUGUCACUGUCGACGAUGUCAACGAUAACAAUCCGGUUUUCGGUGCUGCAACGUACAGCUUUAAUGUUGCUGAAGACACUGCAGUAACGACAUCCAUCGGCGCCGUUGCGGCCACCGAUAUCGAUGCUGGUGUGAAUGCUGCUCUAGCGUAUGAGUUUGUCAUGUUCUGGGUCGGAGAUUCGACGCAUUUUGUCAUCGAUGGCGUCAACGGCGACAUCAAAACGGCAAGCGCCCUUGACAGAGAGGUUGCAGACACGUACAUUAUUUGGUGUAGAGUCCAAGAUGGCGGGUCGCCGUUUCGCACGGCUAACGUAAACUUGACCAUCACAGUCACAGACAUCAAUGACAACCAGCCAACGUUCGACCAAACCUCGUAUUCUGCGACCGUCCUUGAAAACUCGGCUGUCGGCACAAGCAUCACCACGUACACUGUGACGGAUCAAGACACGGGAGUCAACGGUGCAGUAACCCUGACGAUAGACACAUCCACAGCUGCGGGGACUAAAGCCAACACAUUCCUGGCCAUCGAUUCGGCCACGGGAAUCCUCUCGGUUCUGACUAGCAUCGACCGUGAGACGGAUCAGCUGUUUGAAUUCACGGUUGUUGCGGUUGACGGUGGGACGCCUGCACGGACUGGGACAGCUACGUGUACGGUGACCGUGUUGGAUGAAAACGACAAUGUUCCUGUUCAUUCGCAGAUGUUCUACAACAGUGAGGUCGCAUACACUGGGUCGUGUUCCAACGUCGUGACAAUGCUGGCGGCGACUGAUGCAGACUCCGGCGUGAACGGACAGCUGUCGUUCUUCCUUGUUCAGAGCAACUUUGAUUACCUGUUUGCUGUGGAUGGGACAACAGGCAUUGUCACCUUACAAACAACCGCCAUAGCUAACUUCAAGUACAUCUUGGAAGCCGGGGUGAGAGACAACGGAAAUCCCGUCCAGACAUCGGCCAACUUUGCCACGCUGCGAAUCGACACGUUUGACCCCAACACGGUGGUAACCCAGUUCCGACUGCAGAUCAGCGAGGCUGACUUCCUGUUGAAGAAGGACGAAUUCCUGGUGAACCUCAACGCCAUUAUCCAAGCCGUGUAUCCCACGGCAACCGUGAAGAUCUGGUGUGUCCAGGAGAGAGAAGGCACGGCAACCACACCCACAGGCAGACGCCGACUCUUGGCUUCUGCGCCAGUUAAUGUUCUUGUCUACACUGUUGGAGACAACACUACAGAUUUACAGGCCAAUUCUGGACAAGGAAAAACAUUUCUUACCUCGGGUUCUGUCCUAGCUCUGACAACAACAGACGCCAAUGGAAAUCCAUCAUCAGCAAUAACAGGUACGGCCUUUGAUUACUAUGGCAUAGAGACAGUGACGCCGUAUUACCAGGUGACAACACCGUGGCAUCAGACAGCAACUGGAAUAGCCAUCAUCACUCUCUCCUGUAUCCUCAUGGCAGUCCUUAUCGGUCUCAUCAUAUACCUCAUAUUCAGGACCUGCAGGAAGAGGGGUCAAAGGCCAAUUACCCCGGUCAGACCAAAGGAUGAGCAUCGUAAUAAUCUUAAACCUGACACCAAAAAGCCACAGCUUAUAACUCAUAAGGGUUAUGUUCCUGAUUUGGAUCAAGAUCCAAAAAAACAUCCACUGCCUGCAGUUGCCGCUCUUCCAAUGCCAGCCAAGCCAAAUACUUCCACCCAGUUCUGGGGCCCCCCAGACAAACCUGAAUCUAGGAUGAGCCUCAACAACUCGCGACUCAGCAGUAGAGACUCGAGACUCGACAACAAUCCUCGAACCCCUCGUUCGGUCAUCAUUCAACCGAGAGAGUUCACGGGAAAGGCUGUCGAUCCAGUAACUAACAAGGUGUAUGAAUACAACACACGUACCAAUGAGAGAAAAUGGGUGGUGUCACCAGUAGGAAAAGUUCUUAUGGGAACAGACGCCAAUGUGUAAACAAACAUGCGUAUAACAAGUGGCAGUAUACUGCAAAUACUGUGGGUGUGAUAUUUUCCUAUUAUGUUUAGUUAUGUUUUGUUAAAAUUAUGAACUUCGGUUACUUUAUUUCUUUUUAAGAACUAUGUUAUGAUUCCAUAGAUUUGUUAUUGCAAAUAUUGUAAAUGUGAUAUUUUCCCCAUUAUGUUUACCGGUAGUUAUGUUUUGUUAAAAUUAUGAAGUAAUAUUGUUUUUAUAGAUUUGUUUUUAAAUGGCAUGAUAUAUAUACUUUUUUUAUUGGUUUGUUUGUUAAUAAUUUGCCAUAUUAGUUUUCAUGUUUGCACCAUUCAUGUUUUGUUUUGUUUCAAGUUUAAUCAUAGUUAUAUAUAUGUCUGUCUUUGUUGUGCUUUAAGUAUCCCUUGUAAGAUAAGUUUAGAAAUGAUUUAAGCAUGUAUUUUAUAUCAAAGAGACAAUGAACCAUGUUCUGCUUUAAUAUAUACAUAUAUAGACAAUGGACUCUGUUAUUUGAUGAAGUCACACUAAAAAUUAAACGAUGGUACAUUCUGCCUGACCUUGAUAAUCUAAUUUGUUCCUUCUGUUCAUAUCUGUUUUUAGAGUGGAGUAUAUCCUUUGCCAGUUGUUAAAUAUACUAAGCAGUCUGUUUUUGUUAAAGCUGUGUGUAUAAUUUUUGUUUUAGUUCUCUGCACUAGUUAAGCUGUGCAUAGUAUUAUAAUGUGAAAUUUUGUUACAAACUAUCUAUAGUGUCAUAUUUUGUUUGUUUGUUAUAGCUUUGUCUUAUAUAUAGCUGUGUCUAUCUCACAGUUGUGUGUCUAUCUCACAGCUGUGUCCAUCUUAUAGCUGUGUGUCUAUCUCACAGCUGUGUGUCUAUCUCACAGCUGUGUGUCUAUCUCACAGCCGUGUCUAUCUCACAGCUGUGUCCAUCUCACAUCUGUGUAUCUUAUCUCACAGCUGUAUGUCUCUCUCACAGCUGUGUGUCUGUUUCACAGCUAUACGUCUGUUAAAUCUAUCCUUCUCUACAGCUGUUCAUGUCGGUUACAUUUUACUACUAUUUAUGUCCAUGUUACAAAUGUCUAUAUCUGUGUUAUUGUUGCCAGUCUAUAUUGCAGUUGUCCAUGUCUAUGUUACAUCUGUCCAUGCCUAUGAUACAUUUGCCGUGUCUAUGUUACAUCUGUCCAUGUCUGUGUUACAUCUGCCCAUGUCUCUGUUACAUCUGUCCGUGUCUAUGUUACAUCUGUCCGUGUCUGUGUUACAUCUGCCCAUGUCUGUUACAUCUCUGUGUCUAUGUUACAUCUGUCCAUGUCUAUAUUACAUUUGUCCAUGUCUAUAACACAUUUGUCCAUGUCUGUUACAUCUGUCCAUGUCUGUGUUACAUUUGUCUAUGUUACAUCUGUCUGUGUCUGUUACAUCUGCCCGUCUAUGUUACAUUUCUCCAUGUCUAUGUUACAUCCGUCUAUAUCUAUGUUACAUCUGCCCAUAUCUGUUACAUCUGUCCAUGUGUGUGUUACAGUCAUCCAUAUCCGUGUUAAAGACAUGUUUAUUAGUGUCUUAUUUUACUUGGCACCAGUAUAUAGGUUUGCUAAAGAAACAUUUUAAUGUAAUAUAUAUUUUAAUAUAUAUUAUUUCUAAUUUAAAAAUGUGUAGUAAUAUUUGUCAAGUGUGUGCCAAAUUACCAUUUGUUUUAUGAAAUAUUUCUUUACAUUUUGCUAGCAAUUUGUUUUAUUACCAGUUGGCGGUUUGCUAAACAUACCUGUAUGAACUUAGUACACGUACGAUCGUAGUACAUGUAUUAUUUCAGAUACCAAAUAUAUAUUUUAUAUUUAUCACCUUUAAAAAUACUGGCCAAAGUUUAGAGUUAUAUUGUCUGUGAUAGCUUACAUGUACUUUUCAUUAUUAUACUACAUGUACUAGUGCUUUAUAUACUUUGUGUUAUCUCAUUGCCUCUCUUCAGUUUCAUUCAUAUUACAGUUACUUCCUAGUCUUUAAACACCAAGGCAUAUUUUUCAUUAUUAAAGCCGUUUAUGAUCACUGAAAUCAAACAUAACUUAUAUUUUAUUGUUUAGAUGAUCCAAAUCCGUACAACCGAAGUAUUUCUGGUCAUCCUGGUGUUUCUAACAUCACAAAAUGCAUUUUUCAUAUUUUUAAAAAUGCAUAUGCGUCUAAGAAGUAACGAUUAUGGAGGCACGUUUUAGUCUAUAUUUAAAGGUAUUUCAAGGUCACCGGCUCUUGUUCCACUCUGUUGCAUCCAAAUUUGUUACAGGAUUAUAAAUCAGCCAAACUUAGUGUCCAUUUUUACGGGUUGAAACUAGGGUCUAUGUGAAAAAUAUGCCAUAGUGUUUAAAAACUAGGAUAUGUCCCUUUAAUCACAGUAGUGCAGAAGUGUUUCUUGAUGUAAUUAUGAAAAUGCUAAUAUUUUGUUUUUAUAUUAAUGCAAGAAGUAAAUAAAACAAUAUUUCAAUCGUCUUCUUUUUCAGGAGCUGGGGGUUGGGUGGAGAUCGCUUAUAUAACUCAUAUUUGACUAAUCUUAAAUAUAAAAAACUGGAUUGAAGGAAUAUUUUUAGUACAUGUAUUUUUUCUGAAAUUAUUGAUGGAUUUAUUGUUUUUAAAUUGUUAUGGUAUAUACUGUUAUACUGUAAAUAUUUUUACAUAGUUACCCGGUAUUUAAGUUUAUAGUAAAGUGUAUUUUACUGUUAAGUUAUUGAAAAUCCAUUCUGUACAUUCCUCGAGUUUAUGAAUUGCUUACUUUGUUUUUAUAUAAUUUUUAGAGAAUAAAUCUUUUUUCA